CAGAAUUGAUCAAAUUUUAUCUCAAACGAUUAUUUAACCAAAUUUGUAUUUACUUCUACUUUGUUCUUCAAGUUGAAAUGAUGCAUGUAAUAGCCAUUUUAAUAAUUGUAUCAUUUUUUGGAUGUAAUGCUGACAAUUUCGAUAGCGUUAUUCGAGGCAAUGAUCAAUUUACAGCAAAUACAUACAAGGAACUCAUAAAAAUACCUGAGAAUACUAACUUUAUUGUUAGUGGAUUGUCUGCAGAAAUCAUAUUGUCUUUGGUUGCAAAUGGAGCCAGAGGAGAGACACAAACACAAUUGUUGGAUGGUUUGAGGUUACCCAGAGACAUAGAGGAUAUAAAUAAAGUGUACACGGAAAUAACAUCUCGUCUAAAUGUAGACACAAAAGAAUUCAAAUUGUUAUCAGCAAACAAAGUUUAUCUAGCUAAAAACUUUGCAAUUAAAAAAUCAUUUAACGAUAUUGCUGUUAGGGACUACGCGUCAGAAGUACAAAAUUUAGACUUUGCCGAAUCUGAAGAGGCAGCUAAUGAGAUCAACGGUUGGGUUGAACAAAAAACUAACAACAAAAUCAAAAAUCUGGUUGAUCCGAAAGAUUUGAACGCAUUUGUAAGACUAGUAUUAGUCAAUGCUUUAUACUUUUCCGGACAAUGGAAAAAUACUUUCAAAAAAGAAAAUACGGCUGAUAGAAUUUUCUACAGUUCACCCACUGAAUCUAAGAAAAUUCCUACCAUGCAAACAUUAUUAGGUGCCAAAUACUACUACAAUGACAUACUUGGAGCUAAAUUUUUGGAGCUGGAUUUCAAACGUAGCAAUGCUAGUAUGACCUUUGUGUUACCCGACAAAAUCAAUGGAUUAGAAGCUGUUGAACAUAAGUUGGAAGAGUACUUGGCUCCUCAACCAAUGGAAUAUGUAGAUGUUCUUAUCUCUCUGCCCAAGUUCAAAAUCGAAACCGAAGUUAAAUUUGUACCCAUAUUGCAAUCGUUUGGGAUUAAAAAAAUUUUUGACGGUGAAGCUGAUCUCACUGGAAUUUCCAAGGAAAAACUAAUCGUUUCCAAAGUCCUACAAAAGGCAUUUAUUGAUGUUAAUGAAAAUGGAGUUGAAGCUGCAGCUGCUACAGUAGGUGCUUAUUGGAGUCGUCCAAUGGUGCCUCCACCUUCGUACGAGUUUAAUGCUGAUCACCCUUUUAUCUUUAUCAUUAAGGAAAAUAAUGGACUAAUUCUUUUUGCUGGCAGAUUUACCGGAAAACUCGUGAGAUUAGCACGCAAGGAUAGCAUUAUUUUUAGUGGAUUAUCAGCAGAAGUCAUAUUGUCCUUGCUUGCAAAUGGAGCUAGAGGCGAAACAAAAAAACAACUGCUAAAAGGGUUAAGCUUACCCAACAAAAUAAAAUAUAUAAAUAAAGCGUUUACCAAAAUAACAUCUGACAUACACGUAUUAAAUGAAGAUGCAUAUGAUUUGACGUUAGCAAACAAAAUUUAUGUAGCUCCAAAGUUCCCAAUUAAGAAAGAAUUCAACGAUAUUGCUGUUAAUUAUUAUGGCGCCGAAGUGGAGAACCUAGACUUUUCCAAUAAAGCAGAGGCUGCUAACGUUAUGAAUAGCUGGGUCGAAGAAAAAACUAACAAUAGAAUAAACAAUCUAAUUAAUCCACUCAAUUUGGAUUCUAGCACAGCAUUGGUCUUAAUCAAUGCUUUACACUUCUCAGGACAAUGGCAAAAUCCUUUCCCAGUAUAUAAUACUGCUGAUAAAACAUUCUACUACUCGCUUGAUAAAUCCAAAAAAAUUCCCACCAUGUAUACCGAAUCAUUUGCCAACUAUGCGUAUAAUAAACAACUUAAUGCUAAAUUUCUGGAGCUUGAAUUCAAGGACAGCAAUAUUAGUAUGACAUUUGUGUUACCCGACCAAAUCGAUGGACUUAAAGCUGUUGAAAGGAACUUAAAACUAUACUUGGCUCCCCAAAACAUGGAAACUGUUAAAGUUGCGAUCACCCUGCCAAAAUUCCAAAUCGAGACCGAAAUUAAUUUUAAACCCAUCUUGCAGUCGUUGGGAGUUAGACAACUGUUCAAAACCGGAGAUGAACUUUCAAAUAUCGCCGAUGGUCCACUUAAAGUCGACUUUGUUUUACAAAAGGCCUUUAUUGACGUUAAUGAAAAUGGUGUUGAAGCUGCAGGGGCUACAGCAGUUGCCGUGCAAAUGCUGUCCUUGUAUCCACCAGCUACAGAGUAUUAUUUUAAUGCUGAUCACCCUUUUAUCUUCAUCAUUAAGGAAAAUAAUGGACUAAUUCUCUUUGCUGGUAGAUUUAACCAAUAAACUGAAUAUUAUUAUUUAAAUACA